AUGCUAGGGCGACUCUGGUCGGUUUCCUUUUUCGUUGCCCACUUCACCAACGCCCGAACGACUGGCUUCCCAGCCACUUGUUCCAAUGACUGGUCGAUGGACCGCAGGGAACAUGUGGUUCGUUGCCCGAACGUAGAAUCCGAAACUCCAGUCAAGUGUGCCCCUUCGAGCUGCUCCAACUUUCCCAUCUGCAGCAGUUGCGUUAAUGUCGCCACUCAAGAGCGGCACAAUAGCAUGACUUGUCGAAAAGGCUACAACAUGAUCGACACUGGUAGCUCGUCCCUUGCUAUGUGUAUUGAUCAAGAUGAAAGUGCAUUUGAAUGCACUGGUGGUUGCCAAGGCACUCUGACUUGCGACAGUUGCGCUUAUGAUGUGACCCCGUUCAACAUGCAACAGCUCCAAAAAAGAGCCAAUCCGAUAGUUAAUGGAAUGGUGGUUGGCAACGGUCGUACUGGGUUUGGCCCCCAAGGUAUAGACUGGUGA